GCCUUCAUGGCGUCGACGGGAUCGUGGGGGGUUAGAGGAGGGAGGUGGGUGGGUGGGCGCCACCAAAAAUUGGUCAUGUUGUCCCGUACUGAGGUGGUGCACAAACACUUCUCACUCUAGCUAGAGAGUAUGGAACCUGCUCUGAGACGCAAACUCACCGCGCAGCAAGCAAGCCAAAAUGUAAUAGUUCCCACAGCCGUGUGCAAGACCCGCCAACGUGCAGGAUUGGGGCUGCUGACAGUUUUCACUUGUCUGGGCUUGCGUACGGCUGGCACUUUUCAGAGCACAAUCGCAUCUCUAGGUGUUUUCCCGAUUACGGGCGCACCCCAAUUCUGUGGCUCAGAUGCCCGGCGCGCGUUUCCGUGGAUGAGUCCCCGCACAUUCAACAGUUCAAGAGCAGGGGUCGACGUGCAGUCGCGAGUGCUGCCAGUGUUCCUCGUUGCGUGCGGUCAUUCAGGCACGACACCCCUGGUGCAUUUACUUUCCUUACAUCCGAACUUGUAUACAGUCGCCCCAACAGCCGCACUUGAGUAUUCCGUGAAACCAGAUAGUUUUGGGCGUGCAUCACUGCUAGCAUCACGCCGGGAUGACAUGACAUUUACUAAUCUUGCAUUAGCAAACAAACGGCGAAAUGCCACGCGAUGGCUAGUGAAGUCUCCAUCGAAUGCAUGUCGUUUAGGGUAUAUUUUUGAGGUGCUACCAGUUGCUCGUGUAGUUGCCUUGAUCCGCGAUGGUCGCGAUGUCAUGCUCUCUCUCAUAGAACGUUACCCCGACGCAGAUCCAGGUGGCGUCCUUUGCCUCCAGCGUUGGGUCAAUGAUAAUGAAGCGAUCCUGCUAUAUCAGAGUGACCCGCGACUUCUAGUCGUUCGCUACGAGGAUCUCUUCGUUGGAGCUGGCUACCCCGCACUGCGGAAAGUUCUCUUCCACUAUGGCAUACCUACAGAUGUCCUUGACACCAUGUUCAAAGCGCGUGAAAACGCUAUGCAGACACAUAAGCAAGAGGCGAGAGGCGCUGUUAGUGCCGCAAAUGCACACACAUUGCUUCGUGUAGCUCAACUCAAGCGCCCUUUUGAACGUAGCAAGGCCCGCUGGCCGCAGGCUAUGACGUCGAGCCUCGCAAGUAUCUUCAAGGCCAACACACGCGCAAUUGCGCUUCUUGCACAUUUUGAAUAUGCGAAUGGCUCCAGAUGGCUCAACUACAGACUGAACGAGCUUUCAAGCUCAGGAACUGUCUUCAUUCGCCUUCGCCUCGAAUUCCACCCUGUCGCAGCGCCUGUCGCCAUGACCAGGGGCACAGGGGAAGCACGGCCGCGUAGCGGCCGUACCACGUACGGCGGUGAAGGGUCUAUUUUAGGAGCCCCGGAGGGGCGACGACUCCUGUGGACGCGCCUGGGAGGCGCGUCCGCAGGAGCUUUUUUCGAGCGCGCGGUGACGACGAGAAUGAGCCUGGUGGUAUUGUCACAUCGAGAUGGUUGGGGCUGGUUAGCGGGGCUCACGGGUCGUAACUUGAUGUGGAUACCCUGGUCCGGAAUGAAACACAAACUCACUUACAAACUUUGA